AUGCGCUACAAUUAUCGACUGCGGCUCUUCAGGGACCUUGUCCGCAUUGCCGCCGUGCCUUCUGUUAGUCUUUAUAUCAUCGCGAAUGUCGCAGACAUCCACUUUGGCCUGCUCGCCUUUCCCGCUUAUCUUGCAUUUGCCGCUGUGUGGGCGUACGCGGUGGCGUUGUACACAGAUCUCGCGCAGGACCGUGAGGCAGGACGACUGGGCGCCAGACAAAUCCCGAGAGUUGUCGGGAAAUGGCCAGGAAACAUCGAUGUCCUCCUGCAACUGCUCGAAGCAAGUCCGAAGUCGUACAUCUCGAUGUUCCAGCUUGCGCUCUUCGAAAAGUACCAGAGCACCACAAUCAAUCUCAGAUUACUCUGGCAGGACUGGAUUAUCAGUAUGGACUCUGAACACCAGAAGUACGUGCUCACCACAGGAUUCAACCACUUCCACAAGGGAGUGGGCCCCAAGGAGCGCAUGGAGAAGUUCCUAGGAGAUGGUAUCUUCAAUCGCGAUGACGAUCUCUGGAAAGCGCAUCGUGCAAUUGCCCGCCCAUUCUUCGCUCGGGACCGCAUCUCGGAUUUCGGCCUCUUCGAGAGAUACACCAGUGCAACGCUCUCGCUCAUCUUUUCGAUCACCUCCUCCGGCCAGCCAGUCGAGGUGCAGGACAUAUUUGCCAGGUUCACGCUCGACGCAUCGUCCGAGUUCCUCUUCGGCACGAACAUGGACACGCUCUCCGGCAAGCUGCCCAUCCCCGGGAAGACGAAGAUGAGUCCGAUGGGCUCCGCAACGGACGACGAGUUCGGCGGCUUCUCAAGCGCCUUUGAAACUCUCCAGGCGAUUGUAAGCAAACGCAUUAAGCGCGGAAAAUUGCUGUGGCCUAUCGCGGAGCUGUUGCACGAUAGCAUGACCCCACAUGUGAAGGUCAUACACGAAUAUGUAGAUCCGCUUGUCCAGCGUGCACUGGAGAAUAGGAGAAGCAUGGAGAAAGCUGGUGUGCAGAGCUCGCCUGAGCAAAGCACGUUUCUCGAGUAUCUCGCGGGCAACACAGAAGAUCCAAGCGUAAUUCGCGACCAACUUCUGAAUAUCCUAAUCGCCGCUCGAGACACGACUGCGCAAUUGCUGACCUACAUAGUAUACUUCCUGGCUACUCAGCCCGAGAUCGCCAAGAAACUGCGCACUGAAGUCCUGGGACACUGUGGUGCCGACGGUCCUCCUACCGUUGAGGCCAUCAAAGCGAUGAAGUACAUGCGCGCAGUGAUCCAUGAGACGUUGCGCCUCUUCCCACCCGUACCCGCCAAUGCGCGCGAAUCACGGUCCACAGCGUGUCUUUUACCAAAGGCGGACGGCACGUACCCAUCCAUGCCAGACUCGCUGUACAUGCCACCGGAGACGUCCUUCACCUACUACCCGAUCCUCAUGCAGCGGAACCCGGCGCUAUGGGGGCCUGAUGCGGACAUCUUCGAUCCCGAGCGCUGGCUUGACGAGCGGGCGGCGAGGUACACGUCCAACCCUAUGAUAUACGUACCCUUCAGCGCCGGGCCACGCAUAUGCAUAGGCCAGAACUACGCAUACAACGAGGCGUCGUGCUUCCUCACGCGCAUGCUACAGCAGUUCGACUCGUUCACGUUAGCACCAGAGGUCCAGCCGGAAGGGUCGUUGCCUCUCCCGGAGUGGAAAUCGGGCAAAGGCCGUCAGACAUUCGAGAAACUCUGGCCAAGUAAUACUCUGACCUUAUACGUAAAGGGCGGACUUUGGGUGCAUUUCCACAGGGCUUAG